AUGUUUUCCUUAACUAACGUCACGCACCCUACUGUGGAUACGAGGAGGCCGCUGCUUUUAUUGCAAGCGGAAAGUGGUGAAAGAUUUCUCUUCGGACAAAUUUGUGAAGGAACUCAGAGGACGUUUCCCGAGACUCGAAUGCGACUUUCCAAGUUAGAAAAUGUAUUCUUGACCGGCCAACUUAGCUGGGAGGCUGUAGGUGGGUUGCCGGGCAUGAUUUUGACUUUGUCGGACCAAGGCGUAAAGAAAAUGAACCUGUACUAUGGAAGUGAUAUUUUGAACUACAUGGUGGCCACAUGGAGAUAUUUCAUAUUUAGGUUUGGCAUGCGCUUGACGAUUAACACUCUACGUACUGGGGAAUGUUUUGAAAAUAAAGCUCUGCGGGUAUCGUCGAUUGUUGUGAAUCAUCCCGACCAUGAACCGAUAACUCAAACACUUCCACAACAGCUGGUUCAAAAUCUUCGAAGAAUCGUUGGUAAAAUGUUUCCUCAAAAGGACCCUAUGUCAAACUCUGAUCCAGCCAAAGAUCCACAAAUUAAUGUGAAUAUGCCCAAAAACGUUAGAAUGCCUCAAACCGCUACCAGUUACGAAAUUUUUUUUAAGCCCAUAAGGGGAAGGUUCAAGGUUGAAGAGGCCAUCAAACUUGGAGUGCCAAAGGGUCCCAUGUUUGCUAAACUUACCCAAGGCUUAGCUGUCAAACUAGCAGAUGGCUCAGAAGUUCUUCCAGAACAGGUUUUGGAAAAAACUCGAGAAUUUGCCAGAGUCCUCAUUCUGGAUAUUCCCUCCGAUGAAUUUUUGACCUCAUCUUUGUCUAAAUUGAAAGAUGUCGAUAAGCAAACUUUGGGAGCGGUUUACUAUUUUUUGGGUGAGCAAGUAUCCAUAAAUGAACGGCUUGUCAAGGUUAUGGAGCUGUUGCAAGGACCACAUACUCAGCAUUUUGUGUCUCAUCCACGAGUUUGCCCCAAUAACAUCGUAUUCCAAAGCGCUGCACUCACAACUUUAAAGCUCAAAAGCGCUCUUCCGCAGCAUUAUAUUUUACCUGACUCUAAUAGAGUGUUUUCCAGUGAGUUUUAUGGAUGUUUUAAUAAGGAACUUCCACGUGGUACGUCGGUCUCGCAAGAACAGGAAGAGCCUUUGGUAACAAGUUUGAGAUCCGAAAAUGUUCACGUUAUGCUCCAGCAAAACUCUAUUUCGAUCGAGCCUUAUACGGCAGGCGAAGAGCAUAUCAAAGUUAAGAUCAGUGAAAAUUUCCAACAGAUGAAAUCAUGGGAGAAGCUAUUUGUCGAUCACAUCGCCGAUUUGGCUAUACCUGGAGCAACCGCUGAGUCCGUUUCGGGAUAUCAGGCGAAUGGGGACGUCAUUGGUGGCCGAACGGCUUCGGACAAGGUGGAAGUUAUGACACUUGGGACCGGUAGUGCACUUCCAUCCAAGUACAGAAAUGUGAUCGGGAUGUUGCUUAGAAUACCUUAUGUGAAGAACGGUGCCGUUUAUAGUAGAAAUGUUUUGAUGGAUGCCGGCGAAAAUACAUUAGGUUCGAUUCUGAGGUACAUUCCAAGGCCGGAAUUACCUCAGCUGUUCAAAGAUUUGAAACUCGUUUAUUUAAGUCACCUUCACGCCGAUCAUCACCUGGGGAUUAUGAGUUUGCUUGAGCAAUGGUACGCGUAUAACGAGAAUGAUGAUGAGGCAAAUUUGUACCUUAUUGUUCCGUGGCAGUUCAAUUUCUUCGUCAAAGAAUGGUGUUCGCUGAUGGAUCCCGGUAUUUUGAGCAAGGUAACUUUUAUAAGCUGUGAGCAUUUGAUCGAGGGAAAUUAUGUUCGGAAAGAAAUCAAACCUUUGCCUUUGGAUGAAUGUCGGGACGAAGCAUCUCAGCACAAGAAAAGGCGUUUGGAAUUGGAUGACACUUCAUCUUUCAGGAAUUUGGACAGCAUCAAACAGUUGUAUCGCGAUCUGAACAUUAAGAUGAUUCAAACAUGUAGGGCUAAACACUGUGAUUGGGCCUAUUCUUGUUCCUUCACGUUUUACAUGAACUCUGAUUCAUCUCGCAGUUUCAAGGUGUCUUACUCUGGUGAUACGCGACCGAACAUUGAUAAAUUUUCAAGCGUCGUCGGUCUGGACUCUGAUUUACUUAUCCAUGAGGCAACUUUGGACAACGAUCUUAUGGAAGACGCAAUUAAAAAGAGACAUUGUACUAUUAAUGAAGCUAUAAAAGUGUCAAAUGCAAUGAGAGCUCGAAAAUUGAUUCUUACGCAUUUCUCACAAAGGUAUCCAAAGUUGCCUCAAAUCGACAAAAGCUUAGAAAUCAAGGCACAGGAGUUCUGUUUUGCUUUCGACGGAAUGCUAGUUAAUUAUGACAAUAUCGGUGAGCAGUUCCCCAAGCUCAAAUACCUGAAGAAAGCGUUCAUGGAAGAAAAAAAUUCGUUCGAGAACGAUACAUCUAUUUAA